AUGUCCUUCACCGCCAGCGCUUCCGCUCCAUGGACUUCUUCGGGGACCAACUUGACUGGUCCUAACUAUAUAAUCAGCUAUGAUACGGCAACUCAGAGCAUCUUAUAUAAGGCAGAUAUGGCAGGAUUUCUAGCUACUAUCCAGAAAGACACUACACUAGUUGCCAAUGGUAUCCAGGACUUAGCUACUGAUACGCAUGGAAAUACCUACGUCCCAGUUUCGUUUAGUGCCAAAGCACUUGCUAGGAUCACACGCGAUGGGAGUGUGAUAACCUGGUAUGUAACAAACGAGACUAGGGCUAUUAAUCUACAGACUCCUACUACGUACAGCGGUCUUAUCUUCCAUGCGCCUAGUAAUAAGCUCGUUGUCACGGAUGGACCGGCUAGCACUUUUGUCACCUUUGACACAGAAGCAGCGGUUGGUGUUCCGCGUAGCGUUAAGAUGAUUGGGCUUCCGUCCGACUAUAUAGGCGUCACCUGCGAUGGGCUGCUAAAUCCUUCUCGGUAUCCACAUCGCGAUGUCCUGCUCUGUUCUGAGGAUUUUCUCGGAACUUCAGGUUCGAUAACCGUUUUCACAUCUACGGAUCACUGGGUAUCUGCGCAAUACGUCGGUCGGGUCUCUAAUAACCCUCUCGCAGUGGGCAGUAUUCCCACUGCAACUGUGCAGAUUGCCAAAUCGCUCUACAUUUGCCCUUUUUUUCUCUCUGAUUUAAGCCUUCCUCUUAAUGCUAGAAAUCGGACGAGCUUUCCGUUUUUUGAUAUCACUGCGAUGGUUGACGAGCUUGUAAUUCCAUUAGGUGUUAAAGUUAUACGAUAA